UGCGGUUGAGGCCCCGUUCGUUUCUCCAAGCCCGAAGGACCGACCAAAAAAAUCGACGAUUUACAAAAUACACAACAUCAGUUUCUGCACGGCCAUCUGACCCUGCCUACAUUUGUGCCAUUCCAUGUUUCAACCGUCGCGGUCAUGGAAUCUAGCAGUUCGACUCUCCCGGCGCCAGGCGCGCCAGCACCGCAAACAGCCAACACACCCAGUGCCGCCGCCGUCACCUCCGCGGAAUCGAAGUCACAACCACCGAGACCCGGUCCAGAGGCCGGGGACGCCGCGCAGCGAGUUCCUGACGCCGGCGGACAUCGCGCGGGAGAAAGAGGAUCUCGUCCGAAGAAUUUUUCACGCAGAGGCGCCCACGGCAGUCGAGGAGAUCGUCCAGGCAAGAGGAAGGAUUUGGGGAGGACUGAAUGGGCUAAGAACAAAGUAGACAAGCGGCAACGCAACGAAGAUGAACAGGCGGCCAAGAAACGACGACUUGACGAGGGAAAAGCCGAAUUGCCCAUCUACGCGACCAAAUUCAGCGAGGAGGAUUUGGCCGCCGAGGCGCGGAAACCGAAAAAGAAGGUCGCUGUGCUGAUUGGAUAUGCUGGGACGGGGUAUCAUGGAAUGCAAUUGACACACGAUAAAAAGACCAUCGAGGGAGACCUGUUCAAGGCCUUUGUGGCAGCAGGAGCUAUUUCCAAAGCCAAUGCCGACGACCCGAAAAAGUCGUCUUUUGUACGAUGUGCACGUACAGACAAGGGUGUCCAUGCCGCCGGCAAUGUCAUUUCGCUGAAAUUGAUCAUUGAGGAUCCCGACAUUGUCAAGAAAAUCAACGAGAAUCUAACUCCCCAGAUUCGAGUGUGGGGCUUCGAGCGGACAAACAAUAGUUUCAGCUCGUAUCAGGCUGUCGACUCGAGGAUUUACGAGUAUUUGAUCCCCUCGCAUAGCUUUCUGCCGCCGCAUCCUAGUAGUUUCCUGGGAAGGAAACUAGAGGAAUGGGCGGAGAAGAAGGGUGAUUUGGAUGAGUACAGAAAAAGACAGCAGGAGGUUGCUGGGUGGUGGGAGAAAGUCGACGAGGAAGUGAUUAAGCCCAUUCUGGCGGAAUAUGAUGAAGAUGUCAGAGAUAUCUUGGAGAGGGCGCUGUGGUUCAGGGGUGGUGACCUCGAUGCUGCUAAUGAUAAUGCCGACGUCAAGGAGUUGACGGAGACGAAGAACGAGAGCGAUGUUAAGGACUCGGAAAAAACAGUCGAUGUCGCCGCGUCAAAGGCCGAGAUACAGAAAUCUGAAAGCCACACCGCAGAGGUCGAACAGAACACAUCCAAGAUCAACCCGGAAAAGACAGUCGAGCAAACGACCGAGGACAAGACUGAAGAUGCCGAAAAGGAUCACCAGGCAACAGAAACUCAAGGCGCCCCAACUCAGUCCAAACCAGGACGAGCAGCAAUUCUCCAAGAAGCAAGCAAACGAAUCCGUCAAGCGUACAUCAACGCCAAACGGUCGUACCGCAUUCCGCCGGAGCGUCUCGCUCGAAUCCAAGAGGCGCUCAACUACUACGUCGGCACGAAAAAUUACCACAACUUCACGAUCCAAAAGACAUACCGGGACCCAUCCUCCAAACGAGUCAUCAAAUCAUUCAAAGUCAACCCGGAUCCCAUCCUCAUUAAUGGGACUGAAUGGCUAUCGAUGAAAGUCCACGGCCAGAGUUUCAUGAUGCACCAGAUCCGCAAGAUGGUCGGCAUGAUCGCCCUAGUGGUCCGCUGCGGCUGCGAUCCCCACCGCAUUUACGAGGCCCUGGGGCCCGAGAAUAUUUCGAUCCCAAAGGCCCCCAGUUUGGGUCUGUUGUUGGAGCGGCCCGUGUUCGACUCGUACAACAAGCGCGCCAAGGGCGACUUGGGCAAGGAAACCAUUGAUUUUGAUAAGUAUCGGGACGAAAUGGAUCGGUUCAAACAGGAGCAGAUUUAUGAGCGUAUGUAUCGCGAUGAAGAGAGGGAGAAUGUUUUUGGCAAUUUCUUUAAUCAUAUCGAUGCCUUUCCGAGCGAGACGUUUCUGUUUGUCACUUCGGGUGGUAUUGAGGCUACGAAGAUCCCUUUGAAGGCUGGUGAGGUGGCGGCAGCAGCAGGAGGAGAAGCCAUCCAGGGUGGUGACAAUAGCGAGAGUCAGCAAGCCGGUCAAUCGCGGUUGAUUGAUGUUGAGGGUGGCGAUAGUGAUGCUGAGGACGAUGUUAGGGAUAAUCACGGCGAUGAGGGAUGAUGGGAGGAUUAUCGUGAGCGGUGCACAUCGCGAACGGUUGGUGUAUACAGCCCAUUGAGUAUAUCUCUGCUCCUUCUACGGGCGAAGAAGCAGGUCAUGCACCGGUGGGGCAAAAUAAAAUAACACAAAAGACUCGGCAUGAUCAAAAGUAAUGUAGGUGGCCAGUAUUAUAUUGUGGUCAUGAUAUACGUCUCCAAAAAGACUUUUGGAAAAGAUCCCAUAGAUUUCACAGGACAAGAAAAUAAUGAACGACGGCUCGGACAAUACAGGAUUCUAAUACAUUCAAUCA